AUGGUGAAGAGUGGUCUUCAUCAACUUGACAUUGGGAGUGUAAUCUCUUACUUGAAAAGCACCCAAUCAGAAUCUGAAGACUGUAUUGAAGUUACGGUGGACGACAAUGAAGAAGAUGGAGGCAGAGGAAGUAGGAAGAGGUGGAGUGCACAUGAGGAUAUCAACCUCAUAAGCGCCUGGUUAAACACAAGCAAGGAUCCAGUUGUGAGUAACGAGCAGUGGUUAAAUAGCUUCUGGGUGAGAGUCGCUGACUACUACAAAUCAAAUGGUGGAGGGAGCGGUUCAAACGGUCGAGGGGCUAGUCAAUGCAAGGCCAGGUGGAGCAAGAUAAACCAUCAAGUUAACAAGUUUGUUGGAUGUUACACACAAGCCAGUACUAGAAAGAAGAGUGGAGAAUCAGAAGACGAUGUGAUCAAAUUGGCGCAUGAGAUUUACAUGAACGACAUCAAAAAACCAUUUAUUCUAGAGCAUUGCUGGAGGGAACUGAAGCAUGAUCAGAAAUGGAUCAGGGAGGAAUAUAGUUCCAAGAGGAUGAAGCUACAAUCAGACGGAAUAUACUCACCGAGUCCAGCCAAUGAUGGAGCUGAGAUGAGGCCUCCGGGGGUUAAAGCUGCAAAGAAAAAAGGGAAGAAACCAGCAGUUAGUCCUGAUGUGGAAGAUGGUUCCUUCGGCAAGUUAGAUAGGAUCAUAGCAAUGAAGGAUCAAGAACAAUCGGCUAAAGAGAGGCACAGCAAAAUGAGGUUGCUAGACAGCCUGCUUAACAAGAGUGAACUAACACCCGCUGAAGAACUACUUAGAGACAAACUCGUUGAUCAAAUGUUGACAAACAUUUAG